AUGGCAGGACUGAGAAGUGACGAGGUCGUGUCCACUGGCUUUCAAGAGACCGCUGGUCCAUCUUCUCAGAAAUCGGUGCGAACGUAUCGCUUGGAGAACACAUCCCUGCACCGGGGGCGGUUUUGUGAAAAGGCGUCGGAAGCCUGGAGGUGCCUGUGGUUGCGGUGCGUGCUGCUGAAUGCUCGGGAAGAUGGGGCUCGUGCUCUCUCACUGCAGGUGGUGACGUUGGUGAGCUUGCUCAUCCACAGCGAAGCCACAGAACUGACAUGUGACACCUGGCUACAGCUGACCACCAACCUGACAGCUCGCACUCUAUUACUCUGGAAUCAGACCUUCACUGUAAGCAACAACACCCCAGGUGUGUUCUGUGAGCUGUCCAUAGAUGGCAUCGGGACGUGCUGGCCCAGGAGCAGACCUGGGGAGAUAGUGUCUCUGCCCUGCCCUGAGUUCCUCCACGGAGUUCAGUACAACACCACCAAUAACGUGUUCAGAGAGUGCCAGACCAACGCGUGGGCACUAAGAGGAAACUACUCCCAGUGCCAGGCUAUUCUAUUCUCAAAGAGGAAGAGCAAGCUUCACUACCACAUAGCUGUGAUCAUCAACUACCUGGGACACUGCAUCUCCCUGGGGGCACUGCUGGUGGCCUUCACCCUGUUCAUGAGACUCAGGAGUAUCCGCUGCCUGAGGAACAUCAUUCAUUGGAAUCUGAUCACAGCCUUCAUCCUGAGGAACGCUACCUGGUUCGUGGUUCAACUCACCAUGAACCCUGCGGUGCAUGAGAGUAAUGUGGCAUGGUGUAGGGUCGUCACUGCAGCCUACAACUACUUCCACGUCACCAACUUCUUUUGGAUGUUUGGCGAGGGCUGCUACCUGCACACGGCCAUCGUGCUCACCUACUCCACGGACAAGCUGCGCAAGUGGAUGUUCAUCUGCAUCGGCUGGUGUAUCCCUCUGCCCAUCAUCGUGGCCUGGGCCAUCGGCAAACUGUACUACGACAACGAGAAAUGCUGGUUUGGGAAGAGAGCUGGUGUCUAUACGGACUACAUCUACCAGGGUCCAAUGAUCCUGGUUCUGCUGAUCAACUUCAUCUUUCUCUUCAACAUCGUGAGGAUCCUGAUGACCAAGCUGAGAGCUUCCACCACCUCAGAGACCAUCCAGUACAGGAAAGCGGUGAAGGCCACCCUGGUGCUGCUGCCCCUGCUGGGCAUCACCUACAUGCUGUUCUUCGUCAACCCCGGAGGAGACGACGAGCUUGCUCAGAUCGUGUUCAUCUACUUCAACUCAUUCCUGGAGUCUUUUCAGGGUUUUUUCGUGUCAGUGUUCUACUGUUUCCUAAACAGCGAGGUACGGUCUGCGGUGAGGAAGAGAUGGCAUCGCUGGCAGGAUAAACACUCGAUCCGGGCCCGCGUGGCGCGGGCCAUGUCUAUACCCACCUCGCCCACACGUGUCAGCUUCCACAGCAUCAAGCAGUCGUCCGCUGUCUGACCCCUGACCCCUCGACCCACAGCACCAGCUCACACUGCUCAGAGCCCCGGGUCACACAGGGUAGUAGACUUCCUGGGAGGAAGUGGAGCCAGAGAACUUGCUGUCCCUCUGAUCUGAGGGGUGGAGCCAAUUAGCCCAAUUGUCUGAAGGGGAGGGGCUCAGAAUGUCCGACCAAUGAUACGACAACGUCAGACCACGACCGUCCUACAAGGAACUGAGACUGCAGACUGGGAGACAAGGAAAUCUGGGUACAUCAGGGUAGACACACAUACCCCCCCCCCCCCACACACACACACACAUAUAUAAAUAUAUAUAUAUAUAUUCUGUACAUACAGUAUAUAUAUACUGGAUAUACCCACUUAUGUACAGAGAUGUCAAAACGUUGGAUGUCAGAUAACAGUUUGAUGUUUAGGUCUGUCGUCCAUUCCUGUACCUCAGUAUGUUUUGUAGUUCUGUCACUGUAGCUGGGUAGUGUAGUUUGGAGUAAGCUAGAGCUAGUACCAAGGUCACAUGACCUCUGUGGGAGCACUCGUCAUUGGACAGAGCGAUGGCAAGAACAAUAAGAUGAAGAGGUGGAUUGUGGGAAAUGCAGUCCAGCUAAAGCCUGGACUGUUUAACUCACACCAGCAAACAUACAAAUAUAUAUAUAUUUCGUCUGCAUGUUUCAGUUUUUGCUUACCAUUGAGCAACGUUGAGUAAUGUUCACUGGUGUUCACAGCGCCGCCAUGUAAAGCUGCUGUGAUUGGAGGACUGUUAAUGUCAGCCCCGCCCAGUGCACAUGCCUUAUUUGC